CUCUUUUUAGUUAUCGUUUCUAAAAACUUUGCAUCUGGUAGAGGAUUGGUCACAUUCCCAACACCCAUCCUUAAAAUUUAAUCAUUUUUAAUAAUUAAUUUAACAACAAACAAAUCAAUAUCGCAACUAACGCCGAGUGGGGACCAUGGGAAACAAACAAAUAAAACAACAUUUGGAAACGGCACAAAAGACGGGAAUAUUGAAGAUUAGUUUGCAACGUUUACAGGAACUACCACCGCAGCUGAAAAAUUAUCCAAAUGUUUUGAAAACAUUGGAUUUGUCACAAAAUCGUUUUGAGAAAAUUCCCGAUGAAAUUUGGCGAUUUACGUUGAUUAAACAUUUCAAUAUGAGUGGGAAUCGUAUUGUCGAUGUACCUGAUGCACUGGGCGAGCUGAUCAAAUUGGAGGUGUUGCUGCUAAAUGACAAUAUGAUUGUGAGGAUCCCGCGUACUUUGUCAAAUUGUCAAAACCUAAAGACUGUAAAUUUAAGUCACAAUCAAUUGACUGAAUUUCCUGUGAUGUUCUGUGGGCUCAAACAUUUGGAUGUUUUGGAUUUGUCACGCAAUAAGAUCACCGCAGUUCCAAGUGAGGUGGGCACAUUACGUGUUACGGAGUUGAACCUGAAUCAAAAUCAAAUUUCUGUGCUGGCUGAAGAGAUUGCCGAUUGUCCAAAGCUAAAAACGUUGCGUCUGGAAGAGAAUUGUCUACAGGCUAAUGCCUUUACACCACGUAUACUUAAGGAAUCAAAAGUAUGCAAUCUAUUUGUCGACGGCAACCUAUUUAAUCCCAAAGAAUUCAAUCAACUCGAUGGCUAUGAUGAGUAUAUGGAACGUUACACUCAAGUCAAGAAGAAAAUGUAUUAGGAUGUGGUAUUUUUGUUUUGUUUUGAGGGACAACUUAAAGUACGGUGGCACCUAUUAAAUGUUUUAUGAAUAUAUAUAUACACCCAGGACAAGGUUCAAAGUAAUAAUAUUGUUAUGAAUGUUAUUGAAAAUAGCAAUAACAAAUAACCUUGUAAUGGGAUUAGAGGCGAAAAACUCAUACUGGUGUACAUACGAUAGUUGUCCUUAUUUUUUUUUUUUUAGUUUGUUUUCUUAGUAUCGAAGUAAAUAAUCUAUAAAUAAUCACUUGAUAUAGAAUAAAUGCAAUUUAAGACAAAAUACGAAACAUAUGACUCAAGCACAACCGCCAUUGUUGGCCAGUCAACGAUACUGCUUUUUUGUUAGCUCUUCACUAUGGGUAAUAAAACUUAAAUAAAUAUUUGGAUCAUCAUUCAUUAUUAAAUUUUUUCUUAGCACAUGUGAUCGUCGUAUGUAUGUCGCCUGAUUAUCUUUGAUAUCUAUUUUAUUUGUAUGCAUGUAUUUAGCUCUAUAUAUUUUAUUAAAAUUUUAUAAAAUAUAUUAUUGUAUUUAUUACAAUCUACUGGAAAUAAAAUGAAUUAAUAGUCAAUGUGAAACAAAA